AUGAGUCGGCACGAGCUCAUUCCUAGUGAUCCUUCGCCGUCACCAUCCAACUCGUCUAGCUACGACGAGCAUAGCUCUACGAAUACUACUUGUCUCGACACCAUGGGCAUGAGCGCGUUGGGCAAACCCUCAAGCAGCGGUAGUGAGAAGCAUAUCAAACACAUCGACGAUGACCAGCUCAUCGUGCAAUCACUCAACACGGACGGUACCCCGCGGCGGCCCAUGAACGCGUUCAUGAUCUUUGCCAGACGCAGAAGACCACAGGUCUCAGCUGCCAACCAGGCGAUGCGCACCGGAGAGAUCAGCAAGAUCCUAUCUCGAGAAUGGGCGAACAUGCCUAUGUCAGAGAAGGAGUUCUAUCUCGACCAAGCCAAGAGGCUAAAGGAUGUAUUUAACGCGAAAUACCCUGACUACGUUUAUCGGCGCCGCCCAAACAACUCUCGCAAGAAGCCGCGCCGGGGCGAGAUGGGCCACGAAAUCAUGCACGACGACCAGCUAGGCGACACGGGGGAGGACUCACCUGACGGUGCGCAUGGUGUCGAUUGGCCUUCACCAGAAGACGAUUACGGGCGCUCUCGGCACUCCGAUGGCCAGUACGGCAACUCGCACAACGACCACGGAUAUUCUCCGUACGGGCAUUCAAGCGAUCGUUAUUCGUCUCAUACGCAUGCGCAUCUGCCACCACGCUUGAAUUAUGUGCCCUCUCAAGGCGGCCCGGCGACACCUCGCCCGCCACACCCGAGUCACUCACCGACUAUUCUCCCUUCUCCGUCCCCAUACCCAUCCUACUAUACGUCCUCCAAUCGCACAUCGUCGUCCUGGCAAAGUUCCUCUGGCCAAACGUGGAACCCGCCCUUCCAGCUUAGAGAGCAGCGGUCGCUUGGGUCAUUGGCUGGCAAACACAAUGUGCCUUCGCCGCCUCCCGGGCGGCCAUUUUCGGCGGCAACAUCCGGUGGCUCUCCGAGCAACUCUAGCAAUGCCUCGCUACAUGGACAUGGUCUCUCCUCUUCGUCGCCCUACGUUUCGGCAUCCACGUCGCCAGGAGUCGAGAGCUUCAGCUCGUCGCACAACCAUGGCGAGUCGUACUACGCCAGCACGUACUCGUCCUCUGCGCCCUUGACGUACGGGCACGGGCACGGAUAUGCUGUGUCCAGUUCGGCACCAGCGGAUGCUAAUCCCUCGCACCUCCCGCGUUCCCUAUCAUCGUCUGUACCGCAUUCAGCCUCGGAUUACGCGCCAGGCACCUUGCACAACGUACACCCGUCUCCUAGUGGCGCGUUGUGGGACCGCGCUGGAAACCGAUGA